UCCCCCACCCUCCUUCUGCUUUACUCUCUCUGUCUAAAAGGUGUGGUGUUCGGAGUAGCGCUGAGAAAAUUAUUGGGUUUCCAGAGUAAUAUAUAGAAACAGAUAUAUAUAUAGAGAGAGAGAGAGAGAGAGAGAGAGAGAUGGGUUCAUGUGUUUCGGUUCAUAAGGACGCAGAUUCCGUCAUGAAGCUCCGGCUUUCAAUCGGGUCCAAAACUGAUAAUAAGCUCGUCAUCCAACCAUUCCCAGCCGAGGAUGAUAAAGUCACCGCCAAUAUUGACCGUCAGAUCGCCGAUCUUCCUCUUAAAUCUCAAUGGUCGUCCUCUCUCUCCGCCGCCGCCACCACCACCACCACCACCUUCCGGGACUACGGUAGUAAAGAGGAUUCCUUUUUUGAUACCCGGCCGUGGUUGGACUCGGACUGUGAAGAUGAUUUUUACAGUGUGAAUGGCGAUUUUACUCCAUCUCGCGGCAACACUCCCGUCCAUCACAACUUACCCGCUGGUUCCUCUCCAAUCAACAAAACUCCUUUCGAGAACAGAACUCCUGUUUCCAUUCCCGUUCCAUCUCCAACACCAACAGAAAAAAAGAAGAAAUUACUUGAACUUUUCCAGGAGAGCUUCAAAGAUGAUGAAUACGCGAACAACGAAGUAAAGCCGCCAACUGCACUUAACCUCCCUCCAAAGUCUGUCAAUGGAACUAAUUCCGUGUGUAGUAGUGAGAGGACAACAAAUGGAGGCGUUCAAACUGAGAUUGAGACGGGGAAACCAUUUAGGGCCUCGCCGUGCUGCCUUCCAAGCUUAGUUUCUUGCCGCAGCUUGAGUCACAGGAAGAAGAUGAGCCCUACCAUUCCUGUAGGUGAUAAAGCUUGAUCAUUUUUCCUGAUAUCGUAAUACAGUGUAAAUUUGAGAAGUUAAAAACUCGCUCGAGUUGCAAAACGUCGACCUCAAUGUCUUGUAAAGUGCUAGGGAUCCUAGCUGCUGCUGUUGAAAUUAAGAAUUUUGGGGAUGGAGAGGCAGCAGCACUGAAAUCUAUGGGAAUCCAUCAACGCAACUGAAAUCUUAGUAGGGAGCUUGUUACUGCAUAUUUAAUAAAAGAGUGAAAAAUCCAUGUUCA